UGCUCGAAAAGCCGGAGAGGGUUGCGAACUUGUUUUCGUAGAAUCGUAGAAUAAAAGACAGCUAUGAGUGAAAUUCUUCGAUAUCUGUGUGAAGUUGCUUCUGGGCAAUUGCCCAUGAAGGAGAUCAUCCACAAUAACGAGAAAUACUAUGCAUUUGGAGAUCGUGCAUAUCACAAGGAUACUGAGACAAAUCUAUUGGUUUACGGCAAGCAAAACGAUUAUUAUACCAUUGAUGCACUCCUGUUUCUUUGGGAACACCGUGCCAAGACUCAUCCGUCUUAUGUUCGUGAUGCUACUGCCGCCAAUGUUAAAGUUGUUUCACGUCCUGAUCGAAGGGAAAUUCUCGACUAUCUUAGUGGGAAUCGCACAGAAAUUCCCACAAAUCACAACCCUUCACAUGCUCCUGCUCCCGGUAUCGCUAUCAGUCGCCUUGUCCCGGAGACCAUCGAGGAGCCAGAAGCAAAAAAGUUGAAGCUAGAGCACAAUGCUAGGGGGCCCCGCGUAGACCAGCUACUCAAUAAGGAUCGCGUUGAUCCUUCCGAAGUCCGUGCACUAAAUGAGUCUCUCACAGCAGAUAAGAUUGCUGCGCUGAAACAAAAGAGGCUCACACAUCAGAAAACAAAAAUUGCAGCCGUUGAUCCGGAAAUGAUCUCUGGCGGAGCACCUACGGAACCUCUAGUCACUAGAUACUCUAUGGAUGUGCGAAAAGUGGAACGGGUAUACAAAACUAGGAAAACAGUGAUGAAUGCAACCAAGAAGACCUACACAUUUUUGUUUGAUGUUUUGAAACUCAUCAAGACUCGCGAAGAGGCUGCAAAGCUGAAAGAGCGUGGAUUAGAUUCGUCUAAAGCCACCCCUGCUAAAUUCGUAGGAAUGUACAACAGAUACGAUCAGGAGCGGUUCGGAAAGCUCAACGAAUUCCAAACCAUGGGCACCUCUUCAUUCGUUGGAACUAAUCUCAGUUCUAUCAGUUCCUUUCAAGAGAAUCAGACAACGGAGAUUGCUGAAGUCCAAAAGCAAGAAGAGAAACGGGCAACGCUGACUCCUGUCGUUCCUCAGUAUGUGAAUUCCCCAGACGAGCCCAAAAAGCGUGUCAGCCGCACGCCUAUCAUCAUCAUUCCAUCAGCUAUGACUUCUCUACUCACCAUAUUCAACGCUGCAGACAUAAUUCAGGAUAUGAACUUUGUAACGACGGAAGAGAAGCGAAAAGAGAAGGGCAUGACGCGGAAAUCUCAAAUUUACAUACAACUGGAUAAUCCAUCCAAGUUUACUGAUGCUGAAUGGGAUCGGGUCGUGGCAGUAUUUAUAACGGGCCAACUGUGGCAGUUCAAGCCCUUCAAACGGUGGCAUAGCAAUCCCGUCGAGAUAUUCGCGAAAAUUCCUGCAUUCCAUGUACACUAUGAUGAUUUAAACGUUGCCGGUAUCUCGAUCAAAGCGGCAUAUGGACAAAGCUCGAUUUCGAGUGCUUUGGGAGGUCUUGGACAGGUGGAUCCCUGCCAACCGACCGCACCUGCGGUGGUAGUCAUCGCUUUUUGCUCCACUGUUGCAUGUUGUGGGGGCUGUGCAUUUUUUGAGCUGUUUGAGCUCGAUUUCUUCGCUGGAAAAUGA